CGUUCUGGUCGUUACAGUGGCAGGGGCGGCGUGUCUGGCGAGCAGGACUGUCAGUGAGUUUGCCGCCUGUAUCAGGCAUAUAUAUCAGGCAUGUCGUUGAUGGAGCACCUCGAGACUCAGGCUGCAUGGGAUCGGAAGCUGUCCUCUGACAGCGGAUCACCCUCGGGAGAAGUGGACGCCUAUGACAUUGCGACGGUAAGCACAGGAACAGACGCAUAGAAGCGGAAAGGUGGAUGUCUGAUGUCUGAUGUGAUGUGUGUGUGUGCGCGGCUCGACUCUCUUUCCAGGCGUUUGGCUGGGGAUGUGUGUCAGCCAUUUCUCUGGUCAUCGGGGCAGCAUGGGGGAUCAUCCAGCUACCCAACCAGUCCGUUCGCGCCACAUUCAUGGCCUUGUAAGGUUGAACCAACACCAACACACCAACCACGACACACACCCAGACAUGCGACACACAGCAACCUCCCUCCCUCCCUCCCUCUCUGUGAAUCUCUCAGUGGCGGUGGGGCGCUCCUGUUUGCCCUCACGCUCGAGCUCUUCGGUGAGGCCUUCGCGGCUAUGCAUCACGGGGAGUCUGACGACGACAUCAGCCAAGCGCGGCUCACCAUCGGCAUUAUGAUCUGCGGCGCCAUCGCCGGCGGCCUCCUCUUUGCCGGCCUCAACAAACUGCUCAACGAGAAGGGCGCCUUCCUGCGCAAGCCCGCCCUGGUCAAGGGGUACCUGAAGAACCUGCGUCGGCUGUUUGCUCAGGGGCUGGUGCACAAGCUGCGGAAGGUGCCGCUGCUGGCAGGGCUGCCCGAGGAGGACCUCUACCAGCUGACGACAGAGAUGGAGAAGGAGAAGUUCCAGGAGGGCGACACCAUCUUCCACGACUUGGACGUCUACAGCUCUCUCUACUUCAUCAUCUCGGGGCAGGUCAAGAUCGAGCUCCGCACACCCGACCUCAAGAAGGUCGACACGCUCGCACUCAUCAAUCCGAAGGGCCAGGAGGACACCGAGAACAACCAUCUGAGCAACGGCAAUAAUACUGGGAACGACGAGAACGGUGCCUUCGACAGCAAGCCGCUGCUGGUGGCCAACGGCUCCUCCUCCCACGAGGCCCGCCCAGAGAGUAUCUCCAUUCAGCUGCCCACAGUGGACGAGGAGGAGGAGGCAAAGAUGGAGGGUCCUGACGAGGGCGGCGGGAUUCGGCGCUCGGAGAGCAUGCACGACCACGCUUUGGGCGACAUAGUGGACACGUUCAUCGCGGGCCCCAACGACCUGUUUGGGCAGAUGUCGUUGCUGGCGGGGAUGCCGCUGAGGGCCCAGGCGACGGCGAUGGAGGCGACGCGGGUGCUGCGGAUCCCUCACAAGGCGGUGCAUCGGCUGCUGACCACCAGCAAGGCGCUGCAGGACCAUGUCGAGGGAAUGGCCGUCGAAAGACUUAAGGAAAUCGACACCUUCAGACACCUCAGAUCAGGUCAGUGAGUAAAGGAGUGAGUGGAUCGAUGGAUGGGGAUGGGAGGGGUGUGCUGUGGCUUCUAUGUGUGCAUGAUAUGUAUGUGUCCACCUACAGCAACGCUGGCUCGUUUGGUGGGGCGCAUGGUGCGCGACGAUUUCAAUGCGGGGGAUGUGCUGUUCUAUGACGUGGAUGCCCUCACACCCAUCUACUUCGUCGUACUCGGAGAGGUCAGCCAGCCGAAAGGAAGGGUGGUGGGCAUGCCUCCCUCGGUCCUCCUACAUGUGUGUGAGAGUGUGGGUGUGGGUGUGUGGGUGUGUGUGUGUCAUGAUGUCAGAUUGAGGUGACAUACAACGACGACCGCAACACCACCCGGUGCUUCACCACCAACUCGAUCGUCGGACUCGAACACCUCAGACAUGGACGGGCCGUCAGGUACACAUACACACACAUACACACACAUACACACACAUACACACACACACACACACGAACAUCCCAUCCCAGGUGUGUGUCCACCUUGUGUUGUCUUAUGCUAUGCAGGGCGACGGCCGUCGCACAGGAGCACACCACGGUGCUCAAGAUCCCUCGGUCGGACCUUGACAACCUCACACGCACCGACGAGUCACUCCGCGAGGCACUCACCGCCGACAGAAAGAGCCUGCACGAGAAGCAGCAGCGGAUUCUCAGCGAAGCCGACAAGAAGGCCGGCAAGGGUGUCAGUUUCGCGCCCACACCAGCCGUGAGCCGCCGCCGCAUACCCACCAUGGCGAUGCGCGUGUCUGAGGCACAGCAAAGGGCGUUUGGGUGGGAGAGAGUGCCUAAGGACAUGGUGAGGGCCUGGAUGGAUGGAUGGAUGGAUGGGCCUCACACAGGGGAGGGAGAUCAAGCGUGUGUGCGCGUGUUUGUGUGUGCGUGUGUGCGUGUGUGGCCAGGAUGUGGGCGACUUGAAGGGGCUGGACCAUCAGGACAUCAAGCGAGUCCUCUCGACGCCAAUCGGCCCCGAAGGUCAGACACAAGCAAGCCCUCACACACACACGCUUUCCUUUCCCGACCUUUUCACAGACAUGCAUGGCGCGUCUCUCCGCCGCUUCGCCAGCGGCCUCCCCUCUCCAAAAGCCGCCGUCGAGCGCCGCACCACGGGGGCCCUCGGCAUCCGCCGACGCGCAUCGUGGGCAGGGUCCGAUACCAGCCCCCAUGGGGCAAGAGAGCACCUGACCAGCUUCGAGAACGUCGACCUGCUGUUGACAGACGACGCCGACCCAAUCGCCCAGCUGGAGCAGGCGCACGUGCUGCGUCAGGAGGAGGAAAGCGAGCAGGUCAUGGAGAGAGACAAAGGGGAGGUCUCCGAGCACACCCCUUCCACCGCUCCCACAAGCGUGCCCGCCCCGCCCACGCCGCCGGAGGGGGGCAAGGAGGAGAGAGAGGUGGCUGGUGGCGAGGAGAAGGGGGGCCACGGGGGCAAGAAUGCGGCUGUGAUGAUUUGGCUGGGGAUUCUGAUCGACGGCAUCCCUGAGAGCAUUGUGAUCGGCAUCCUGUGGGUCACGGCGGGGUACAGCGGGAUGCUGGGCUUCCUGCUGGGCGUCUUUCUGUCCAACCUCCCCGAAGCCAUGUCCAGCUCCGGCACUAUGAAGGUCGGUCGGUGAGACAGACAGAGAGACAGUCAGGGGGAGGGAGGGGACCUCAGAGCUCUCCUACCCUCUGUGUGGGUCCUCCUUGCAGGCUAACGGCAUGCGCAAGCGUGUGAUAAUGAGCAUGUGGGGGUCGAUCGUCAUCAUCACGGGCAUCGGGGCUGCCGUAGGGGCAGCUCUCUUCCCACCCGGCCAGUCGGACAACCCCGAGACGCAGAUGAUCAUCGCAGCCACCAAGGGCCUGGCCGCGGGGGCGAUGCUCACCAUGAUCGCACAAACCAUGCUCCCAGAGGCAUUUGAUCAGGUAAAUGCAGGCGUGGGCGGUGUCCACAGAAUGCAGGCGCACACGUGUGUGUGUGUGUGUGUGUGGCAUCCAUCAGGGUGGCGACAUCAUCGGUUUGUCGUGUUUGGCCGGGUUUUUGGCCGCCACGGCCGUCAAGCUGCUGCCCAUCAGCUAGCCUAGCCUCUCUUGGUCGGUUAGUUUUGUAGCUACCUGACCUGACCUGGUCGGUCCCCCCGCUAAAUCCGUGGAGUGGACGCAUUUUGCACUCACUGGCGGGUCAAUGGAGUGGAACGACCGACCGACCAAACACAUAUGCACUCUCCUCUGUGUGUGUGUGUGUAUACCGGGGUGUGGUACAGUGAUAGGUAGCGGGGCAGCUAGGUCAGUCAGUCAGUCAGUUAGCCGUGCGGUGAGAGCCUUCCGGUCGGGUCGGGUCAGGUCGGCCCUUUUUCUCCCGGCCGUUUUCUGAACCAAAGUGGACGGACGCGAUAUAUUCGAUUCGUUGCCCCCCUCCCUCCGUCCCAUGUUUUCUGAUGGGACGACUUGUUGGUCCGCCACUCCCACUGCUGCAUCUGUGUGCGAGUCAGUGUUUUCUGCCGGCCCCUUUUUGGCGGCCGGACGGACGGACUGUUGCUAAUGCAUACGUGUGAAGAUGAUCGAGCAGCUGGCCGGUGGAUGGAAGAGACGAGAUCGGGCUGCUCAGAUGAG